AUGUUCCCAAGGAGUGAUCUGGCUGUCACUCACUGGGUUCUGAGGAGCAUGAGGAAGCUCUUUCUAGUGUUUUCUCUCCUGCUGUCCCAAGCAGCUCAUCUGGAAGGCAGAAAGGACAGUCAGUUCAUCUGGAAAACAGGUCCCUGGGGAAGGUGUGCAGGCGACUGCGGACCAGGCGGAGCCCAGAGUCGAGCUGUGUGGUGUUUUCACAUAGAAGGGUGGACCAGUCCCAUGUCGAACUGUGAUGAGAGCACCCGACCUCCAAGGGAAAGGAGCUGUUUCCGCGUGUGUGACUGGCACAGUGACCUGUUCCAGUGGGAGGUUUCCGAUUGGCACCGCUGCCUGCUGGCUCCUGGAGCCCAAGGCGAGCCCAGGCCUCGGGCUUCAGAGUGUGUGACCGCUCAGCACGGUCUGCAGCACCGGACGGUGCGCUGUCUGCAGAAGAUCAACCGAACUAUGGUGGCCAAUGAGAUCUGCGAACACUUUGCCCCUCUGCCCCCCACAGAGCAAGCCUGCCUCAUCCCUUGCCCCAGGGACUGUGUGGUAUCCGAGUUCUCUCCAUGGUCAACCUGCCGCGAAGGGUGUGGGAAGAGGCUGCAGCAUAGAACUCGCGUGGCCAUCGCUCCCCCUCUGUAUGGAGGUCUGCAGUGCCCGAAUCUGACUGAAUCCAGAGCCUGUGAGGCUCCGGUUUCCUGUCCUCUUGGGAAAGAGGAAUAUUCCUUCAGCCUUAAGGUGGGACCAUGGAGCAAAUGUAGACUCCCUCACCUUAAGGAAGUCAACCUCAGUGGAAGAAAUGUCCAGGAUUUUAGCUCCGAUUCAAAUGAGCAAGUCACCCUAACACAUCAGAGUUACAAAGCACACCACCACUCCCAGCCUGGAGGUGUAGAGAUAGGUUUUCAAACCAGGCAGGUGUGGUGCACCAGAAGUGAUGGAAGAAACGCCCUGUUAAGCCUUUGCAUGCAAGAUUCCUUUCCACUGACUGUCCAGCCCUGUGUGAUGCCAAAGGAUUGUGAGACUUCAGAGUGGUCCCCCUGGAGCCCCUGCUCCAAGACCUGUCGUUCUGGGAGUCUAUCACCUGGAGUCAGGAGCAGGAGCCGGAACGUCAAGCACAUUGCUAUUGGUGGUGGGCAGGAAUGCCCAGAACUUCUUGAGAAAGAGACCUGCAUUGCUGAAGCGGAACUUCUGCAGCCAUGUCCCAGGUAUUCCUGGAGAACCUCUGAAUGGAAGGAAUGCCAAGUCUCUCUUCUUCUGGAGCAGCAGGACCCACUUUGGCAUGACACAGGACCAGUCUGUGGUGGUGGGAUCCAGACCCGGGAGGUAUACUGUGCCCAAAGUCUACCCGCAGCUGCCUCAUCAAGGGCCAAGGAAGUUUCUAGACCUGUGGAAAGUACAUUAUGUUUGGGACCUGCCCCCUCAGCCUCCCAGCUCUGCAAUGUGCCUUGCUCGAUGGCCUGUAUAGUAUCUUCCUGGUCAUCCUGGGGUCCGUGUGUUCAUGACAACUGCCAUGAUCCUCAGGGGAAGAAAGGCUUUAGAAUGAGACAGCGCCAUGUUCUCAUGGAAUCAACAGGGCCCACGGGACACUGCCCUCAUCUGGUAGAAUCUGUGCCUUGCGAGGACCCAAUGUGUUAUAGAUGGCUUGCUUCAGAAGGCAUCUGUAUCCCUGAUCAUGGGAAAUGUGGCCUUGGACAUCGAAUCUUGAAGGCUGUCUGUCAAAAUGAAAGAGGAGAAGAAGUAUCAGGGAGUCUCUGCCCAGUGCCGCCUCCUCCUGAACGGAUGGCUUGCGAUAUUCCCUGCCGAAUGGACUGUGUGGUGAGUGAGUGGACGGUGUGGUCAUCUUGCUCCCAGUCCUGUUCAAAUAAAAACGCAGACGGCAAACAAAGCAGGUCAAGGUCUCUCCUGGCUUUGGCUGGAGAAGGUGGAAAGCCCUGCCCUAGUAGUCAGGAACUCCAAGAGUACCGCCUAUGCAAUGAUCAUUCCUGUACACAGCUCUACUGGGAAACAUCCGCUUGGGGUCCCUGCUCUGAAAAUACUCUUGUGACUGCCUUCAAUGUGACCAUUGGCUGGAAUGGAGAAGCAACAUGUGGGGUGGGCAUUCAGACACGGAGAGUCUUCUGUAUCAAGAGUCAUGUGGGACAAGUAAUGACCAAAAGAUGUCCAGAGUCCACACGGCCAGAAACUGUAAGACCUUGCUUCCUCCCAUGCAAGAAAGACUGCCUUGUGACUGCUUUCAGCGAGUGGACACCCUGCCCACAUCUGUGUCAGCCAGGAAAUACCACAAUAAAACAGUCUCGAUACAGGAUUAUCAUCCAGGAAGCAGCCAAUGGAGGUCAAGAGUGCCCAGAUACCUUAUUUGAAGAAAGAGACUGUGAAGAUAUCUCAUUGUGUCCUACAUACAGGUGGAAAUUGCAGAAAUGGAGCCCUUGUAUCUUGGUUCCAGAGUCUGUCAGGCAGGGGAGAACAGGCACCAGCGAGGCAUGUGGGAAGGGAUUGCAGACAAGAGCUGUCUCGUGCAUCUCUGAUGAUAACCAGUCUGCAGAAAUGACAGAAUGCCUCAAGCAGAUGAAUGGUAUGCCUCCCCUGGUGCAAGAAUGUACCAUUCCCUGUCGAGAAGACUGCACUUUCACCCCUUGGUCUAAGUUUACACCCUGCUCCAAGAACUGUGAAGCAACCCAGAUCAGGAGGCGGCAGCUUACAGGGAAAAGCAGGAAGAGAGAGAAAUGCCAGGAUGCUGCCCUGUACCCGCUGGUGGAAAUGGAGCCCUGUCCUUGUGAUGCAUUCAUGUCCCAUCCUUACGGAAACUGGUCAGCUUGCAUUCUACCGGAAAGCAACAGGGAUCCUCAGCGAGGAGGAUUGUGGGUGCAAGGAGCUGGCAAGGAGUGCGGAAAAGGCGUGCGCUUUAGAGCAAUAGCAUGCUCUGAUAAAAAUGGAAGACCCGUGGACCCCUCGUUCUGCAACAGCUCUGGUUAUGUUCAAGAAGAAUGUGUCAUCCCCUGCCCAUUUGAUUGCAAGCUAAGUGACUGGUCCAGCUGGGGUUCUUGCAGUUCGUCUUGUGGGAUUGGAGUAAGAAUUCGAUCUAAAUGGCUAAAAGAAAAACCUUAUAGUGGAGGUCGACCAUGUCCCAAACUGGAUCUCAAGAAUCAGGUUCAUGAAGCAGUCCCAUGUUACAGUGAGUGCAAUCAAUAUUCCUGGGUUGUAGAACACUGGUCUCCAUGCCAAAUCAACAAUGAGCUAAGAUCUCCACGCUGUGGAAGAGGAACACAAUCUAGAAGAAUCAGGUGUGUGAGUACUGCUGACAGUGAAGGAGGGACAGUGGACAGGAACCUAUGCAACCAGGAUGAUGCUCCCCCAGAAACCCAAGCCUGUUCUCUUCUGUGUCCCAGUGAGUGUGUCAUGUCUGAGUGGGGAACAUGGAGCAAAUGCCCACAGUCAUGUGACCCCCAUGCAACGCAGAGGAGAUCUCGACAUCUGCUGAGGCCCUCGCUGAACUCAAGAACGUGUGGGGAAGACUCACAGGUGCGGCCCUGUCUUCUCAAUGAAAACUGCUUCCAGUUCCAGUACAACCUCACAGAGUGGAGUACAUGCCAGCUGAGUGAAAACGCUUCCUGUGGCCAGGGUGUGAGGACUCGCCUGCUGAGCUGUGUGCGCAGUGAUGGCAAGCCAGUUGGCAUGGACCAUUGUGAGCAGCGUAAUCUGGAAAAACCCCAGAGGAUGAGUAUCCCCUGUUUGGUGGAAUGUGUCGCCAACUGUCAGCUCUCAGGAUGGUCAGCAUGGACAGAGUGUUCACAGACCUGUGGCCAAGGAGGUCGAAUGAGCCGGACUCGAUUUAUCAUUAUGCCAACCCAAGGAGAAGGACGGCAAUGCCCCACAGAGCUCACCCAGCAGAAACCCUGCCCAGUGAUGCCCUGCUAUAGCUGGGUCCUUGGCAACUGGUCUGCAUGUAAAUUGGAGGGUGGAGAUUGUGGGGAAGGAGUGCAGGUGCGCAGCUUUUCCUGUGUAGUCCACAAUGGCUCACUAUCCCACACAGCUGUCCAUGUUGGGGAUGCCCUGUGUGGAGAAGUACCUUUCCAAGAAGGAAUCCUGAAGCAGCUGUGCUCCGUGCCCUGCCCAGGAGACUGCCAUAUAACCCCAUGGUCAGAAUGGAGCAAGUGUGAGUUAACCUGCAUCGAUGGGAGAAGCUUGGAGACCACGGGCCGCCAAUCCAGGUCAAGGACAUUCAUAGUUCAGUCUUUUGAGAAUCAAGACAGCUGCCCCCAACAGGUUCUAGAAACACGACCUUGUGCAGGUGGCAAAUGUUAUCACUACACAUGGAAAGCGAGUCUUUGGAACAAUAACGAACGGACUGUGUGGUGCCAGCGUUCAGAUGGCCUUAAUGUCACAGCUGAUAAAACUAAAUACUCUAUAAACAUGCCUAGCCAGGAACCAAAAAAGGCCUCCUACUCCACAGUGGCCAGAAGCUUACACACUGGUGAGCACUGUGUUGGCACAGUGGACCUUCUCGAUGCAUGGUGUGAGACCAUCAGACAAGGUGGAGUCUGUGGCUGUGAGAAGGGAUACACAGAGAUAAUGAGAUCAAGUGGUUUCCUUGAUUACUGCAUGAAGGUGCCUGGCUCAGAAGACAAAAAAGCUGAUGUGAAAAACCUUCCUGGGAAAAACAGACCUGUGAAUUCCAAAAUACAUGACAUUUUUAAAGGGUGGUCUCUUCAACCUCUUGACCCAGAUGGCCGAGUAAAAAUUUGGGUUUAUGGCGUUUCAGGUGGCAGUUUUCUUAUGAUGAUUUUCCUAGUAUUUACUUCCUAUCUUGUUUGCAAGAAGCCAAAACCACAUCAAAGCACACCUCGCCAUCAGAAGCCACUGACCUUGGCCUACGAUGGAGACUUGGACAUGUAA